AUGCCCUUACGAAGCAUCGGUUUCACGAGGAGCUACACAACUGGCCAGCAACCGGACAACGCAAGGCGUAUGGAGGCUAUAAAGCAACUCAGGAAAGUAACAAGGGGCGGUAUUGCCGAAUGUAAAGAGGCGCUGAUGAAAUGUAAUUGGGACGUCGAUGCGGCUAUCCGGGAUAUACGGAAAAUGCAACAGUUAUGUGAUGUCGAUAUAGGCCCGGAUAAACAGCUAUUCGGUAAAAUCGCAUUGCCGAAGGAUAUAUCGAGAGAACGGAAGUCUGUAAUUUUGGAGUUAUCCUGUAAUUGUGACUUCAUAACCUCUAGCAAAGAGUUCGCUCAACUGUCAAGUGAUAUAAGAAAUACCAUACAAAAGGCAGUGGAUACAAAGGACAUUGACAUUGAACAAACAGGAGAUACGAGUGGUACCACCAGUUUAAACAUCAGUGAAGCUAACGAAUUGAUACAUGAAUCGGAACAUGGAACUACCGUGCAACAGAUGCUACAGAGGGUAUCAGCGGAAUACAAACGCAGAAUCAUGAUUUCAAAUAUUUUUAUAUACCAAAGAUCGCAGUGUGUGGAUAAUACCGGCGUAUAUGUACACCACAAAUCAGCCAUUGGUGAAAGCGUCAUCGGCGAUAGACUGGGUAUUGUUAAUAUCAGGUACCACUGUAAAAGUGAUACACAGCACAACACAAUAGUCGAACCGCUAACAAACAUCGCAAAAUCGCUGGCACUACAACUAGUUUCAAACCCAAGGACGAACCAUAUUGACGAUGAUCAAGGAAAUGAUAAAGAUAUAAAAAAGAAUAUUCGACAUAUCAUCGGGCAACCCUGGCUUCAGAAGGAUCUAAUAGAAGCGUAUAUAGAACAUAUGUGCUCUAGAUUGGGAAUCAAACCCACCAAGUUAACAGAUGAUAUGACAAUUCAGAAAACAUUCAAGUUACUACAAGCAAAUAUAGAUACAACAUACCUAGGGGUACACAACGCGCUUUAUAUGGCUACAGGAACAAACCCCAUUAUAUAUACACAUUGA